AUGAACCCUAUUUCGCAAACAUUAUCGAUAAAGAUGCCAGAAGAAAAGCACAAAGAUCUGACGCCAAACUCAAGUGACAUCGAAGCACUAGCCAACAAGACAGCGAAAGUUACUUCUAUUGAGAACAAAUCUGAAUUGUCUGGUUGGCCAAAAUUUAAAGAUUCCUUCAAACGUGCCCAUGUUGAGGAUUAUGGGCUUGAUCCAAAUAUGCCCGAAGAUGAAAAAAUUGCUAUCUUAACGGCCCAUUCGUCCUUACAUCGUAAGCUUAAGAACAGACACUUACAAAUGAUUGCUAUUGGAGGUGCGAUUGGUACUGGUUUAUUUGUGGGUUCCGGAUCCGGUUUGGCCACUGGGGGGCCAGCUGGUUUAAUAAUUGGUUACAUCUUGGUUGGUUCCAUGAUAUAUUGUAGUGUCCAAUCAUUAGGUGAGUUGGCUGUUACUUUCCCUGUCCAAGGAGCAUUUGUUACAUACAAUUCCAGAUUUAUUGAUCCGUCUUGGGGAUUUGCCAUGGCUUGGAAUUACGCCAUAAUGUGGUUAAUUGUUUUGCCAUUAGAAUUGGUUGCUGCAUCCUUGACAAUCAAAUAUUGGGACCCGAAUACAAAUUCUGCUGCUUACGUUACUGCAUUCUAUUUCUUUAUUAUUGCAAUUAACUUUUUUGGAGUUAGGGGCUAUGGUGAAGCUGAGUUUGUUUUUUCUAUCGUCAAAGUUGUAGCUAUCCUUGGAUUCAUUAUAUUGGGCAUUGUUUUAAUCACUGGUGGUGGUCCGCAAGGGGGCUAUUUAGGCGGUUACUACUGGCAUAUUGAAGGUGCUCCAUUCCCAAAUGGGUUCAAAGGAGUUGUCACUGUGUUCGUCGGUGCUGCUUUCGCUUUUGCCGGUACUGAAUUGUGUGGAUUGGCUGCCGCUGAAUCUGACAAUCCAAGGAAAGCUUUACCUAAAGCUUGCAAACAAGUUUUUUGGAGAAUUACUUUGUUUUAUGUUGUUAGCUUAACCUUGAUCGGUUUAUUGGUUGCCCACGACAACGAAAGACUUCUUGGUGCGUCAUCAGUAGAUGCUACUGCAUCUCCAUUUGUCAUUGCUAUCCAAAAUGGUGGUAUCAAAGGCUUGCCAUCUGUUAUGAAUGUCGUUAUCAUGAUCUCUGUCUUAUCUGUGGGUAAUUCCUCUUUGUUUGGUGCUACGCGUGCAUUAUGUGCAUUAGCUGCCGCAAAGCAAGCUCCAUCUAUCUUAGCUUACAUUGAUAAGAAAGGUCGACCAUUAGUGGCCAUUCUUGUACAGUUACUGGUCGGGUGCUUGUGCUACUUGGCUGCUACUCCAAAGCAGGGCGAAGUGUUUGCAUGGAUGAUGGCCCUCACGGGGCUCGCUACGCUUAUCAACUGGGGUUCAAUUAACACCUGCUUCAUUCGUUUCAGAUAUGCAUUGAAAGCAAAAGGGCGUGAUACUUCGGAGUUGACAUUUGCCUCGCAGCCGGGUUUAUUUGGAGCAUACUGGGGGCUUUGUUUGGUUAUUAUUAUUGUUUGCUUGCAAGUCUGGCUUGCGAUAUUCCCAUUGAAGCAAAAGCCAAAUGCUGAGGUAUUUUUCCAAACUCUCCUCUCCAUUCCUAUUAUCCUUUGUUUUUACAUUGGUCAUAAGAUAUACACGCGUAACUGGAAGUUCUAUAUCAAAGCCGAGGAUAUUGACAUCGACACUGGAAGAAAAGAAACCGAUUUGGAGUUGCUUAAGCAGGAAAUUGCUGAAGAGAAGAUAUAUCUCAGAUCUUUACCUUUCUAUAUGAGAGUAUACAAUUUCUGGUGUUAA